UCCUUCCCCACAGACCAAACCCGAACCCAGUCCACCCCAGCCAGACUGAAGAAUUCUUCCCAGCUUUAUCCUGCAGUCUCCUGUCCUUUUUCUAGCUGUGAGACCCUACCUUGGGAACACGACCUCUGACCGCAACUUGGAGGCCCCGCGUUGGAUCAGACAGUCCCAAACAGAGCGAGUGUGAGGCUCGGUGUCAUGGAGCUCCCGGCAGGCUCCCAAGACAUCUCUGAAGUGAGAGAUUCCCAGGCUCUGGUGCAAUCCACCUCCGCCUCGCCCAGCGUUCCCCCCAGCACCAUCAUUGUCACUGGAAUUUCCAUUCUGCUGCUCACUUCCUGUUUCACGGCCAGCUGUCUCGUGACCCAGCAUGGUUUUGCCCAGCUCUGUAAGGACCCUGAAGGUCUAGCCCCUCUGAACCACACCCAGGUGUCCUGCCUCAGAGAGCGCUCCCAGGUGGAAGGGCGAAUGUGGAGCUGCUGUCCCCAGGACUGGAGACCCUUCCAGACUAGCUGUUACUUCUUCCCCAGGGAUGUCCUGCCCUGGAAUGAGGCCCAGAGCAAAUGCUUGAAGCAACAAGCCCACCUGGUCGUCAUCAACACGGAAGCAGAGAAGAAUUUCAUUACCCAAGGGAAACCUCUCAACUCCAGCAUCCACCUGGGCCUGAAGAAACGGAAGAAGGAGAGGCAGUGGAGGUGGGAGGAUAAGACACCCUAUAACCCAGCUGACACGUUUGGGGUCGAGGGAGACCCCCAGGAGGGAGACCCCGCGUUGGGCGCCCGGGAGGAGCGCUGUGCUGUCCUCACCCUCCGGCAGACGUCCAGCAGGUGGCGAUGGAGCGGCACGGACUGUGUGGACGCCACGGCCCAUUGGAUCUGCGAGAUGCCCCGGAGAAGCUUCUGAAAACACACACCCAACAACACAACACACACCACACCGCCUCCCCCGCGUUGGAGAAGGCGGGGCUACAGAGCUUCGGGCGGGGCUGAAAGCUGUGAGCCUUUACUACAGGGCUUUGCACACAGUGUGCUUUCAAUAAAUACGACUAAUCAUAAA